GCAGCACAUGACACAAGGCACCUCAGAGUACCCCCUUCCCCUUUCUUCUUUUUUCCUCCCACGGCUCUCUCCUCCAGUUUCCCCACGAUCGCGAGUGGUGGCACGCUUUACAUCUGCAGGCACCGGCAAGUUUAUGUCAAGGUGUUACGGAUAGGAGACGAGAGAGGAACGUAAGCUUAGAAAGGUCUUCCUCGCUCCAAGGGCCUCCCAGGUGGCUGAGGAGGAGGAGGAGGAGGCGGCGGCGAUUGUUAGCCCAGUUCCCCUCAGGGCUCGGGCGAAGGCAGCCAUUCUGGAAGCAUCUCGGUGGAAACGCGCUUCGAUCGCGCCAUUGUCCACGAGCCCACCAGAGAACGCGGCUUUUCGCCCGGCGGUGGCGGAGAAACGGAAGAACUUGGACGUUCCGCGGAAACGGAAGCGCGUCCCGCCAGGGAGAUGGCGGCGCUGGUGAAAGUCGUGAUACACUGUACUAAAGAACCUCAUUGGAUUGCAUUAUGCAACGGAUUGAUACAAACAACAUUAGCUCAACAGCAGUGGGGCAGGUUGCUACAUGCUUCUCUUCAGAGACACAACAAUGGCCAAUUUCCAUUAACCAAAGUUUGCUGUAAUUUAAUACAAAGUAUCAGGACCAUAAAACAACCAAACAGAACAUUUCAUCACACAAAGGUUUUUAGAAGUUCUGCUCAGCCAUCUGAAGAGAAAGUAGGUACUUUCACAAAGAUAAUAGAAGCAAUGGGAUUUACAGGGCCACUAAAAUAUAAAAAAUGGAAAAUUAGAAUAGCAGCACUACGCAUGUAUACAUGUUGCGUGGAGAAAAUAGACUAUGAAGAAUUCUUUAACAAAUUACAGAUCCCUGACACUUUCAACUCUUGGUUUUUAAUAGCACAGCUUCAUGUCUGGAUGUGCUUAGUACGAAUGAAACAAGAGGGCCGAGCAGGAAAAUACAUGUGUUACUAUAUAGUAUAUGCUAUGUGGGAAGAUGCUGAGCAACGUGGGAAGGUUAUGGGAGUUAAUUCUCUUAUCCUAAGAAGAAGUCUGAGAACCUUGACAGAAGUUUUCUAUGCAUCUAUUUUUGGAUAUGAUGAGGGUAUACUCUCAGAUGAUCAUGUACUUGCAGCAGCUAUCUGGAGAAAUCUGUUCGAAACACAUUGCAGCGAUCCUAGGCAGCUGGCAAUGAUGGUAGAAUAUGUGCGCAAGCAGGUGCAGCAUCUGGAUGCUAUGUCAGGAGAAGACCUGCUGCUGUCUGGGGAAGUGACUUGGCGCCCCCUAAUGGAACCUAAUCCACAAAGUAUUGUAAAGCCUGUUUCUCCAGUAUAUAAUGAUGAAGGACUUUGAAUCCUUGCCAACCAACUUGAAAAUGUUUACUGUUGUGUAUAUUAUCUUUAUACUUGGAACAAUUUCUGGAAGCAGAAACCUGGAAUUGUUAGGAAAAAGCAUAAUAAAUGCUGUAUUGCUAUGUUAAAAAGUGAUUAAGAGUUUGUUCUUUUGUAAUUAUACAUUCUAAUCUGAAUACCAUGGUAUUUUUUAGUAGUAUAUACAUAAAUAGUUGCUACUAUUUAUUUGUGGAGACUUUUACAAUUAUAUUAUCCCCAGAUCCUGGCAACUCAGAAAUUUAACUUUUUGUGGGGAAAAUAGCCUAUCUACAUGAGGAGCAAAAUGUUUUCAUCAGGAAAGACAAGGAUCAGUUGCCCAAAUACUAUGAUUCUCUUUUUGCAAAGCAUGAAAAAGAUGCAAAAUUUGUACUUUAUUUUUGUAUAAAUAUUAUCUGUCUGUAGGCAAAUGUUAUCUUGGAAAUUGCAAGGAUUGAAAUAAAAUUUCAAUCAAGGAUUGCUUGCAAUUUCCCAUCUCAGAUCAUAUUCAAGGUAAUAUAUAGAAUGGGGAACACUUUCUUACUUUACAAUUCAAGAAUAGAACAUUUUAAUGACUUUGUAGAAGUCAUAACUUUCACAACCAGUCUGGAGGUAAUUAUUAAAAGAGCAUUUAUAAAUGACUUGAAUGUUUUUUAGAAAUGCAAAUAAAAUCAGCUUGGCUUGAUCUGAUGUCUGGGAAGUGGAAUCUAUAUCUUUCCUCCCCCUUCUGAUUUUGGAGAAAGCUGAUUUGUUGAAGCUAAUAUUUCCUUUGAAAGAGUUAUCCCUAUUGAAAUUUCACCUACUGAUACCUUCAAAGGAUGAUUGUUCUAGGGCAGGGGUCCCCAACCUUGGUCCCUUUAAGACUUGUGGACUUCCUCAGCAAAGCUGGCUGAGGAACUCUUGGAGUUGAAGUCCACAACUCUUAAAGAGACCAAGAUUGGAGACCCCUGUUCUAGGGCUUGUAGGAGGAGAAGAAAAGGCCAAAUUAAUUUAGCCCCAUAUAAUGAUCAGAUUUUUCUUCUAGCGGAUGUAAUUUGCAAUUUUAAAAUACCUGUAUGUUCAAUGCAACUCUUAAUUUUAUCAUCUACUUAUCAAGGUCCAUUGUUUGGUAUUAUUAAGACAACUCAAAGGCUUUUUUUCUCUGCUGCUUAUCAAAUGGUAUCUUCAUUUAGAAAUUAUCCUGAAUUGUUCAUAUAAAGCAAGUUGACACAUUAUUCCUUUUUAGAAGAGAAAUUUGUUUUUUGUUUUUGUUCUUGUCAUGGGCAGCACUAAAUAUCCUCCUGUUUCACCUUUUGCGUUUUGUUUUACUUUACUUGAAAAGUUGGGAGAUAUAUUCUCUACAAAUUUAGAGUCUGACUCAACUAAAUGUACUAAAAUAUAGUUGUCUGUUUUACAUUUAGCAGUGCUUCAUUCCAGACGUUUUAUAGCGUGAUGUAUAUACGCAUUAUGAUUGUGUAAUAUGUGAUCAAGGUUCUGCCAAUGCCCUUCUGCUCUUAUAUAUUCCCCAAAAGCUCUUGAGCUGCUAUUGUACUUUUCUACAUGAACUGUGGGGCAAGACUUUUGAAAAUGACCAAUUCUUUCCAGAAGUUUAAGGAGUUCAAAGUACAAUUUUCCAGCAUGCAAUGCUGUUACUGGGUUAUUGCAUAUAUUUUGCUCUGGAUGAUCAUGUAAAAAGCCAAUACAGAAGAAGCUUUAUUUGAGAAAAGAAAAUUAAUGGAAAUUCUACUAAAGAGCCAAUAUCUGUAACUCAAUUCAAAUGCAUAAUCUGCUCCUAUAACACGUAUUAUUGGAACGUCUUUGGAAAAGGUUGAGUUUUCACUAAUGUAUCUGUUAAUGAAGGUAAACAAUUAUAUUAACCAUUUGAAUGGAAAGGAAGAUAAAUCCAUUUGCAAAACUGUCUACACUGAAUGGGCAAAUAUGCCGUUCUAGUUGCUCUAUUGUUGUAUUGGUCAAUUUCCUUUCUGUCCAAAAACUAAAUCUGUUAAAUGCAACCCCAAGCAUUUAAAUUAUUU